AUGGCAAUUACAGAAACAUCAAGAUCGAGCCCCGAGCUCCCAUUAACAACCGCCGAUUCCAGCGGCAACGGAUCAACCGCGAAGAAACUGACUUUGGUUCCUUUGAUUUUCCUUAUCUACUUUGAAGUCGCGGGUGGGCCAUUCGGUGAAGAACCGGCGGUUCAAGCGGCUGGACCGCUUCUAGCGAUUCUCGGUUUCCUCAUCUUCCCUUUCAUAUGGAGUGUCCCUGAAGCCCUAAUUACCGCUGAACUCUCCACCGCGUUUCCAGGCAACGGAGGGUUUGUGAUAUGGGCGCAUCGGGCAUUUGGCUCUUUCGUAGGGUCGAUGAUGGGUUCGUUGAAGUUCCUGAGUGGUGUGAUCAAUGUUGCUUCGUUUCCUGUCCUCUGCGUCACUUACUUGGACAAGCUAUUCCCUGUUCUUGAAUCCGGGUGGCCUCGAAACGUCUGCAUUUUCGCCUCGACGGUGGUCUUAUCUUUCCUAAACUACACUGGUCUAGCCAUCGUUGGCUACGCAGCUGUUGUCCUCGGUCUGGUGUCUCUCUCGCCUUUCCUCGUCAUGUCGGCUAUGGCGAUCCCUAAGAUCAAGCCUCGCCGUUGGGGUAGCUUAGGAAACAAGAAAAAGGACUGGAAUCUCUACUUCAACACGCUCUUCUGGAACUUGAAUUUCUGGGACAAUGUCAGUACCCUUGCAGGGGAAGUGGACAAGCCGCAAAAGACGUUCCCUUUGGCGCUUCUCAUCGCAGUCAUCUUCACAUGCGUGGCUUACUUGAUUCCUCUCUUCGCUGUCACCGGUGCGGUCUCAGUAGAUCAGAGCAGGUGGGAAACGGGGUUUCACGCAGAAGCGGCUGAGAUGAUUGCCGGAAAAUGGCUGAAAAUCUGGAUUGAGAUCGGCGCUGUGUUAUCAAGCAUAGGACUUUUUGAAGCUCAGUUAAGCAGCAGUGCUUAUCAGCUGGAGGGUAUGGCGGAACUAGGGUUCUUGCCGAAGUUCUUUGGGGUACGAUCGAAGUGGUUCAACACUCCUUGGUUAGGGAUACUAAUCUCAGCUCUCAUGUCCAUCGGAUUGUCGUACCUGGACUUCACAGACAUCAUAUCCUCUGCCAAUUUCUUGUACACUUUAGGGAUGUUUCUUGAGUUUGCGUCUUUCAUCUGGUUAAGAAGGAAACUGCCUGGUCUAAAGAGACCGUACCGAGUUCCGCUGAAAAUGCCAGGGCUAGUGGUUAUGUGCUUGAUACCUUCCGCGUUUCUAAUGCUGAUUGUUGUGUUUGCUACUAAGAUUGUGUACCUGGUGAGCGGUUUAAUGACCGUAGGAGCAAUCGGUUGGUACUUCUUGAUCAAUUACUUCAGGGAGAAGAAGAUCUUCAAAUUCAACGAAGUUAUAGAUGACCUUGACAAUGUUAACGGAGAACAACAUCCCAAAGUCGAUGACCAUGAUUCAUCAUGA